CUGCUCUGCUUUUCCAUCGGGAAUUCUGCGGGAAUUCCAAGCUUUUCUUCCCAGCCCGACCCCCUGGCAAGCGUCGGCAAUCAAUGAGGGAUCACCAUGCUGACCAGCAUCGCCGACGGGCUCCUGUGCUGCCUGCUGGGCAAGACCCCCAACGCCGUGGGGCCUCUGGACAGCGUUGAAUCCGACGACGGCUACACCUUCCUGGAAGUGAAACCCGGGAGAAUCCUCCGGAUCCGCCACAACAUUCCCAAACGUCCGGAAUUCCCGGAGGAACCGGAGGAGACGACGGCGACGACGGAGCGCGGCACGGUGCACUGCAAGCGGCGCAUCACGCUCUACCGCAACGGGCAGCUGCUCAUCGAGAACCUGGGCGACGCCAUGCGCUCCGAGAUCCUGCAGUGCCACAACGCCUCCGGCGAUCCCAACAGCACCGUGGAGUUGGAAAUGUCGGAUGCAACGGGAAUUCCGGGUAAGGAUGGAGCGGCGGCGGCCGGGAAGCGUCGGAAGCGCAAACCUAAGAAGGUGGUGAGCAUCGACUGCAAGAAGCGCAUCACGAGCUGCAAGGGCACGCACGGAGAUGUGGUGUUGUUCUUCAUCCACGGCGUGGGCGGCUCUUUGGACAUCUGGAAGGAGCAGCUGGAAUUUUUUUCCAAGUUGGGAUAUGAGGUGGUGGCUCCGGAUCUGGCCGGACACGGCUGCAGCUCGGCGCCGCCCGUGGCCGCCGCCUACACGUUCUACGCGCUGGCCGAGGAUAUGAGGGCCGUGUUCAAGCGUUAUGCCAAGAAGAGGAACAUCCUGAUCGGGCAUUCCUAUGGGGUGUCCUUCUGCACCUUCCUGGCACACGAGUACCCGCAGCUGGUGCACAAGGUGAUCAUGAUCAACGGCGGCGGCCCCACGGCGCUGGAGCCCAGCCUGUGCUCCAUCUUCAACCUCCCCCCGUGCGUGCUGCACUGCCUGUCCCCCUGCCUGGCCUGGAGCUUCCUCAAGGCCGGCUUUGCCCGCCAAGGUGCCAAAGAGAAGCAGCUGCUGAAGGAGGGCAACGCCUUCAACGUCUCGUCCUUCGUGCUGCGGGCCAUGAUGAGCGGCCAGUACUGGCCCGAGGGCGACGAGGUGUACCACGCCGAGCUGGCCGUGCCCGUGCUGCUGGUCCAUGGCAUGCACGACAAGUUCGUGCCCGUCGAGGAGGACCAGAGGAUGGCCGAGAUCCUGCUGAUCGCCUUCCUGAAGGUGAUCGACGAGGGCAGCCACAUGGUGAUGCUGGAGUGUCCCGACACCGUGAACACGCUGCUGCACGAGUUCGUCCUGUGGGAGCCCGACACGGCCGCAGGCGACGGCGACACCAAAUAAAGGCCAGCGCCACGCCGGGACACCGGGCUGCUCCCUCGGGAGAGGCGGAGCGCCGAGAGGGCUCGGCCGGAGCCACCGAGCCCCGUUUGUUUCCCUGGGGAUGGAGCGAGGAGGCUCCCCCAGGUUGGGAUGUGCAGGGCCGGGAGAAGGAGCUCGGCAAGGCGGCGGAGACGGUCCCCGAAACCGGGGGGACAGCGGGGACACGGCACAGACUGUCCCCGACACCGGGGGGACAGCGGGGACACGGCACAGCCGGUCCUG